AUGGCGGAUGAGCAUGAUAAAUUGCUGCCAAUCGCAAAUGUGGGUCGAAUCAUGAAACAAAUCCUACCGCCCACAGCCAAGAUCUCCAAAGAAUCGAAAGAGACAAUGCAAGAAUGCGCCUCAGAGUUCAUAAGUUUUGUGACUGGAGAGGCAUCCGAAAAGUGUCACAGGGAGAAUCGCAAGACGGUCAAUGGAGAUGACAUUUGUUGGGCUCUUGCAUCAUUAGGGUUUGAUAACUAUUCCAAUGCGACGGUCAUGUACUUAAAUAAGUUUAGGGAGUUUGAGAGGGAGAGAGCAGCUACGUCGACGUCCUCCAUGGGAGCACCGGCCACAGGACCUUCCAAUUACCAAAUUCAUGAAGUAAAUGUUAAUUAUGAAGCUGCUCCAGGAUCUUCAAAACACCUAUGA